CCCCCACUCCCGGCAUGCAGCGCGGCGGGCCCCGGCCGGAGGGGCUGCUGCUGACCUGGCCGCGCUGGCGGAGCCGCCCUGGCCGAGGCCCCGCCCCCAACCUGGCCGGGCGGGGGGCGCGCAGGUGCCGGUGCCAAGUGAGGACGUCUCCGUCUCCCGCCCCACGGGCCUGGGUGGCAGGAGUGGAGUGGCAGAGCCGUGGGCCGGGGACGGUGGAGCCUGUGGCCUGGCGGUGGGAAGGUAAAGCCGCUUGAAUUACAGGGUCCAUCUGGGCUCAGACUUGGAGAGUAACUCUUACUGCACCAGAUCGAUCGCAGAGGCUGAGGAUCUCGGGUACUUCACACACCCUUGCCCGUGAGCACCAAGAUCCCCUGGGCUGAGGGGUCAGCGUUAAGGGGAAGAACUGCCGAGCUUGAAACCCAGCUCGUGUGCUGGGCUGGACCGGACCUGCCUGGAGCACACAGGAUGGCCUCCCUCCACACCGCACACCUGGCUGGGGAGCUGUGAAUUACCUGCCCGUCUCCUGCUCACACCUUCCCACUCCAAACCUGCCUGGCAGCGUCUCCAGCGAACGUGCCUGUGACCUCGGUGUCUCUGCAGAUCCCGCCCCAGAGGGCGCCUCUGAGAUGGAGCCAAGUGUUGGGGGCAGAGGAAUCCCAGAUGCUCCUCGCGCAGCAGGCGCUGAGGGCUGGAGCAUCAGAGAGGAGCAGAGCGAUACGCCAGGAUCCCGGGAAGUGAAAGCAGAGAGCGUGGCCGAGAGCCUGAGAUGUGGGGAGCGCCUGGCCCCGGGGAGCGGCUGUGUCGGGGGCGUGCUGCUGAUCUGCACUGAGUGUGGGGAGAGCUUCGGGCAUCACGGGGCCCUGAUCGCCCACCAGCGAGGCCACGCCGGGCAGGGGGCUGGGCCCUUCACCUGCCCCCAGUGCCAGAAGGGCUUCAAGCACAGAGCCAGCCUGGUGGCCCACCAGCGCGUGCACUCGGGCGAGCGCCCCUACGCCUGUGCCCAGUGCGGGAGGGGCUUCCGCUACAAGACUUGCCUGGCGGUGCACCAGCGCGCCCACUCCGGCCAGCGCCCCCACAAGUGCCCGCAGUGCAGCACGGCCUUCCUGCAGCGCGGGGACCUGCACGUCCACCUGCGCACGCACACGGGCGAGCGCCCCUUCGCCUGCCCCGCCUGCGGCCUCCGCUUCCCGUCCCGCCGGACCCUCGCCUGCCACCAGCGCCAGCACCCGGACCUGGGCCCCCACCGGUGCCAGCAGUGUGGGCGCGGCUUCCGCCACAAGCGCAACCUGGUGCGGCACCAGCGCGGCCAUGCCGGCGCCCAGCCCUACCACUGCCCCGAGUGCGGGGAGGGCUUCUGCUACAAGCAGAGCCUGGUGGCCCACCAGCGGGAGCACGCCGCCCCCCGGCCCUACCCCUGCCCCCAGUGCGGCACCAGCUUCCAGCACCAGGCCAACCUGGCCAUCCACCAGCAGAGCCACGCCCCCCCGGCCACCUACACCUGCCCCCAGUGCCAGCAGAGCUUCAAGUACAAGGGCUACCUGCGCAUGCACCAGCGGAAGCACUCGGCCCCCGAGGCCGAGGGGCGGGAGUGCCAGGCCCUGCACGGCGGGGGGGGGCUCUUCACCUGCACUCAGUGUGGGAAGGGCUUCAAGAACAACGGCUUCCUCAUCAUCCACCAGCGAGCCCACGCGGCCGGGGCACAGAGUGCCAGCCCCACCCCUUGGGGCACCUAGCCCCUCUGCCAGGCCGUGUGCCAUCAGCAAAGGGGCAGCGUUGCCCAGGAGCCGCAGCAAGGAGCUCUGAGCAUGGCCAGGAGGGGCCCAGCCUGCCGACGGGGUGCUGUCCAUGGGCCCGGUGCUAGAGGGAGGGGAGGGCUGGGCUGCUCAAACCCAGGGUGUCCAACUUAGGCUACUGGGCGUUGUCUGAAAGCACCAGCUCCGGGAGUCCUGGGGGAACGGCGACUUUGGAUUCAAAGCGCGGCUGUGGUGCUGGCAGGCGGAGGGCUAGUGGGGUAUCUGAGCACUUGGGGUAUGUGGGGCCAGGGCUAGGCCUUUCUGCUGCUGGCUGCCUGCCCUGUUGCCAGGUGGGUUUACCAGCCAUGCCUAGUGCCCCCUAAUUCUUUCUCUGGGCCCCUCUGCCCCAUUUGCCCUUCAGGGUAGAAGCAGCUGAGCCUGGACUGCAAAGUCCCUGGAUGUGGCCCCUUGGGGCAUGACGGGCCCUGGUCGGGGGCAGUUUUCUGGCUGGUGCGCCCAGCUGUGAGGGGCUUUGCCUUGGCAUGCCCCCCGUGAGCCUGCUGCUGGGAGCUGGCAGGUAAAAAGGGGGCCCAAGUGUGUUGCGGGGGCUGGAGGAAACGCCUGCCCUGAGACACUCGCCGGGCUCAGUCUGCUCCAGAGCUGCCUGGAUCGCGGCGCAGCCGGGCGUCCCACAGAAGCAGAGCCAGCCGCUGGCACAGCGCUGACACUGGACCCCUUCAGACUGAAAUAAGGCGGAUGUUAACAUAGCCCAUCCCCCCGCAAGCCACUCCUGGGGUGUUACUCCCUCACCCCCACCACACCAAGCUGCCCAGAUGUGGGGGGUCUCUGCACUGGGUCAGAGCCUGCCCCCAUUGCCGGGGGGUGGGCAGGCCCUGGGUAAAGCAGGGGCUGAAGGCCCUGGCCCUAGAGGUGUGGGGCUCCUGCCGGAGGGGGCUGUUAGUGGCUGCUGGAGCCCUGUGGCCAGACCCACGAGUCCCACUGGGCUCUGCUCCAGCACGGGGCUGGCUGCAUGGAUCGUGGUCGUGGUGUGGGUGGGAGGCAGGUCCCGCCCCCCUGUGGCUAAUCGCCACCUCCCUGCUGAGGCUGGUGGCAGGGGCCAGUGCUUACCUGGGCCCCAGUGUGCUCCAGGGGCCAGACCCCAGCUCAGCUCCACUCGACACCCAGGCCGAGGGGCUGCAGCGGCCAGAGCUGGCGGGAGAUUGGGGCACGGCCGGUGUGGCUGGAGAAGUGAAGCUGAAGUGCUGUAAGAAGGCCUGGGAUCCGGCUGGUGUGUGUUCUGCCAAGCUCCCUGCCCCCAGGGCUACCCCCAUCUGCAGAGCUGCUGGGGUCCCAAGCGUCCCCUGUUCUGGGGCUGCGCACAGGCUCGGUGCCCGCAUCGCCUGCCGGCAGGGAGAGGGAUAGCUCAGUGGUUUGAGCAUUGGCCUGCUAACCCCAGGGUUGUGAGUUCAAUCCUUGAGGGGGCCAUUUAGGGAUCUGGGGCAAAAAUUGGGGAUUGGUCCUGCUUUGAGCAGGGGGUUGGACUAGAUGACCUCCUGAGGUCCCUUUCAACCCUGAUAUUCUAUGAUACUAAGAGCUCAGCGUAGCAGCGUCCUCGUCGGCAGCUGCCUGGCUGCGGCCCCUGCGGAAAGGCUGGUGCUGGGUGAGCGGAUGCGCAGGGCGGGGAAAGACAUGGUCACUCGGCCAAUGCUCUGGGCUGCAUCCAGCGGGGUGCAGGGGGGGGGGGGGGAUCGUGUUCAACAUACAUAGCAGAGCUGUGCAGGGGGGAGGAGCAAACCUCAGGCUGACUGGUUACCCCAGCACAGCUCUUGCGGCUCUGACCCCCCAUCUCCCAGUCCGAAGAGUGUUCUGGGCAACGCCCGUAUUUCUGGGCACCCCAAGAGCUGACCUGCCUUGACCGCUCUCUGUGUUGUAGGCAGAGCCGGCAGCCUGGAUGUGCGGCCUGGCCUGUCCCCUUGUGAGUGUCUGGGUCCCCGUGGCCUAGAGCCUGAGCAGGCUGCAAGUCUCCCGGCUGGGUUCUGUCUCAGCUUCAGCCAGCUGCUCCAGCCGCCUCCGAGCGGGGUCAGCGGAAAGGUGGCCGUUUGCCCCGGAGGGAAUGUUCUGCUGGGUGGUUGGGAAGCUCCCCACCUUGGAGCCAGGGGUGUCCCUUUUGCUGGUCCCAGGGAAAGUCAGCAAGUGACAAGCCCAGAGCAAUUGUCAGUCACGUGUGCAGGAGAGGAUGGGCAGGGCCCACAGCCAGCUCCAGGGAGGUGACUUUCCCAGCAGUGCGCACAAACUCUGGGGCAGGGGCAGACUCCAGUUCUCCAGGGCAACAUUCAGCUGCCUUACCCAUGAAACCAUCCUCCCACAAUCCCCCGUCCCGUUCAGCAUGCACCUUCUGCCUCCUGCAGCCAUUCCUGCCACCCCAGGCUCCUGCACUGCACAGCCAGGGUUCGUCCCCAUGGCCUGUCUGUCCUGUGCACCCAAUGAGGCGGGGACCUGUGGGAAGCACAGGGUGUGAGCUUAAUGCCGACACCCAAGGGACCAAGGGAGGGGCGGCAGAAAGCUUCACUCUGGCAUCUAACUUUGGGGCUGGGUUUUCACACCCUCGUGCUCUUCCACUGUACAGUAUUUAUUAAAUAGUGUUAAAUCCCCUACAGCUGCCCAUCCGCGGCCAGCGUAUGACUGGGUUGGGUGUGGGGGUGUCACUUCUUUCCACAGUGCGCGCUCGGACUGUGGAACUCACUGCCACAAGGCAGAGGGGAGAGCCAGCACCCAGCAGGGCUCAAAAAGGGGCCGGGUGUUUUCCUGGGGCCUGAGAACACAGAGCUCGGAGAGGAAGGGAUCUGGGAGAAAGACUGCUACACUGGGGCCGAGCCUGCCUCUCGCAGCAGGGCCAGGGACUGUGCAUUGGGGCUGCCUUCACCCUUGGCUAGUGAGGACGGGGAAGGAAAAAGGCAGCAGUGACCAGGCACGGCACAGCAAGGUCCAUGUCGGAUGGGCAAGCUCAGCGUGACUGUUGUAUUCCUUUAGCUGGAAUAAAAGCCCCGGGUCACUGGCCGGUGUUAGUGUGAAGGACCUCAGCCUGCAUAGCACAGUGGCAAAUGCACCAUUGAAAAUCCUUUUAACCCAGGACACAGAAGCAGGGAAGCCAGUGAAAGCCCUUGAAAUAUGAAGUCUUGAGAUACAGUGAUGAUCUCUUUGUCCUCUGGACAGACACCCUAAACACCCUCAGAGUUUGCCACCCCACUCCCUCCCGGCUAGUAAACUCUAGAGCGCUCACACGCCAUGGUCAGCUUUCACAGUGGAACCUGACAGAAAACCAUAUACAAGAAACCCGCAGAUCACCACCCCGAACACACCAAGACACCUGGUAUCUACAGCCAGGCCAUCCGCUACCACAGAAUAUGCUCCAAGGAGAAAGUACGGGAUAUGCGCCUUAACAUACCUUGGAUUGCAUCAUGGAACAGGCUCCCCAGGUACCCUAAGCCUGUAAGAUCUGAGGCUUCUGCAGUAAAGACAGCAGCCAUCAGUCAAGAAGCAGGAAGUCACAACCUCACGCUCCAUCUAAAUUACAUUAAAACAAUGUCCUAUCGGGCUGUUUGGAAGGCUCCUGUCCUAAUAGCACCCAUCAUCACCAGAUAAUAAUAUAGCUUUUAAAAUGGUUAAAGAAAGCUUUGUUUGAUGGCAUUCUGUCCGGCAAGACACCACUUAUCGACAGUCGUGGGUGUGAAAUCCCCACUUUAUUAUUGUUUUGUCUCUAUGGUCCCCACGUCUCUACUGUUUAUCUGUCCGGUCUCUGUCUGGUUCUUUGAGUGAUUCUGGCUGCUGUGUAACUAAUUUCCCAGGAUUGGCGCCAGCAGAGGCGAUGGGGUCUGAGCUGGUGAAGGAGCGUUCCACCGUAGGUGAGGCUUGGUUAAGGAAUCGUUUCGUACCAUGACUGGCAACGUACAAAUAGGCAGGGUGUAAGUGCCAUGAUAAAACUUGGGGUCCCAGACGAACCUGGAGGAAGAACUCCCCUCCAGGACACAGCCCAGCGCAAGUUAAAGCUGCCAGAAGACCCUGCGGUGCAGCAGCUGGCCCUCCAGACGACUUGAGCUUUGCCUGUCCGGGGGGAAGAUCGGCUGUGUGCUCGGGCGUGGUGUGCAUUGUGUGCUCAGCGGGGCAUUUCACCGGGGAAAGGCCCUGCAGAGCCGUGAGUCCACUGGGAAUGGGUGUUAGCCCGGAGCCCAUGGAGGGGUAAAGUUGGGUCUCUUACUUGCUGAGUACCCAAAAGAGAAGGUAGGGAUAAGAAGAGAACCUGGUUCAGUACAUGAAAAACCCCAACAGCCACUCACCCCGCGCACUUUAGUUGGGUUCCAGUGUGGGGCAGUAGAUGACAUAUGGGGUAUCUUUAAACAAUUGCAACCCAUAGUGGGGACCCCAUCCUGGAAGAAGUUUUUCCUGAACCCCCUCUUCUGGCCUUCAAGCAACCCCCCAACCUCACCAAGCUCAUCAUCAGAAGCAAGCUCCCCUCAGCCCAGGACACAGUGACUCAAAGCGGCGCCAGACCCUGCCAGAAUAACAGAUGGAAAACCUGCAGCCAUAUCUCCACUGUGACAAUGAUCAACACCCCCCACGACACACUUUUCAAGGUCCAAGGGUCCUACACAUGCCUAUCACAAGAUGUGGGGUACCUUGUCCAGUGCGCUAAAUGCCCCAAUAACCGCUGUGUGGGUGAAACCAGACAAUCACAGUGCACUCGAAUGACCUCACACAGGAAAAUGGUAAAAGACAAAAACAUCCUAUCACCGGUGGUGAACACGUCUCACAAUGCAAUCGCUCAUCAGCCCUUGUCCUCAAAGGAGACCAGCACAACCCUUUCAACAGACAAGCCUGGGAGCGUCAAUUCAUUGCUCUGCUAGACACUAAACCUCAUGGGCUAACGAAAGACACUGACUAUGGCGUAUUACAACAAUCUGUAACCCAGUGUUGUGGAAAACGAGUCACACCAUCUGUUUGGUUCAAGCAGUCUGAGGGCCCUUUAUUGGUGACUACAAGCAUGCAGGGAGAAGGAGACAGAGAUGGUCACACACAGGUGCCACCCUGGUCUCCCCCGUCCUGCCCCUAGAAUACCAGUCUCAGAUAGUUUUUUACAUUUUAGUCAAAUGAUACAUUUCCUUAAUUUUUUAUCACUCAAGCAUUGUUAAUAAAGCCUUAUAAGGCGCCAAGGUAAACAGCUUUCUCAUUA